GGCAGCGGCAGCAGCAGCGCAGCGCGAGCCCGGCAUGAGGAGCCGCCGCGCGAGCCCCGCCACAGCUCCAGUCUGCCCUUUUUAAAGGCCAAGUCCAAGGGAAGCCCAAGUAGCAGUCAUCCCCAAUUUGGUGUUCUCGGAGCAAGACUGCCCAGGAUAAUUUACUUGCCUAAACUGGAUUGAAAGCCACUCAAAUUACUGGAGAUCAUCUUUUUAAGGUAUCUCAAGAGAAAAGAAGCAGGUCUUCACAAUAAUGGAAGAGUCCACAAGCUCUAAAAAUGGAAAUCAUGAACCAAGGAAGACUACUCGGGUUGUUUGUGAAGAGAGCAAAGCUAUUAGAGCUACCAACAAUCAGAAUUUGAAAGCUAGAAAUGAUAGAGUCAUAAGGGACAUUGGAAGAAGUUCUCCAAGUGGGAACAGUAAUAAAAAAAAUAAACAAAAUGAUGUUUGUACAGAAAAAAUAGACCUUAAAUCAUGUAAGGUAAAUACCUCUAGUGUCCCAGGCACUAAAGACUUGGGAUCAGUCCUUCAAGAUCAAAGUCAUUGCAAAGCAAAAAAGUCACCAGGGCCCCUGGCGACCACCGAAAGUGGGAAACCAACAAGAGCCCAGCAGAUGGAGGAGAAUGUUCCAAGUUCCUCUAUUCCUGAGAAGGAUGUGAAUAAAGAAACCUUACUUGCUGUACAAAAAGGGAAAUCAGCUUUAGAAAAUGUUCCAGGCACUCCGAAACUAAAAAUGUGUACAGAUAAUACUAGUGACUCUGGUAAUAGUAUUUCAGGAACAGAAGACAAAUCUGAUGACUUGAGUAAAAUGAAGAGUGCUGAGCCAACGAAAGACCCUCCUUCAGAGCUGGAUUACUUAGAAAAUGCCACCACCAUUGAUGAGUCAAUGCUGACCCCUGAGCAGAAGCUGGGGCUGAAACAGGCUGAGGAGCGCUUGGAGCGAGAUUACAUCUUUCGACUAGAAAAACGCUCCCCGGAAUAUACCAAUUGCCGAUAUCUAUGCAAAUUAUGCUUAGUUCAUAUCGAAAACAUCCAGGGAGCACAUAAGCACAUAAAGGAGAAACGGCAUAAGAAAAACAUUACGGAAAAGCAAGAAGAAAAUGAACUCCGUGCCCUGCCACCUCCUUCCCCUGCCCAGCUGGCAGCUUUGAGCUCCACCCUCAUGCAAGCAGCAAAAGAACAAGGGAUUUCAGACAAUGACUUUGGGUUCCGGCAGGACAUUGUGACUGAAAUGGAAAAGGUUAUACAGCUACGCUUACCAGACUGUUCGCUGCGCUUGUAUGGCUCCUCUAUGACUAGGUUUGCCUUUAAAAGCAGUGACGUUAACAUAGAUGUGAAAUUUCCAUCCACGAUGAGUCACCCAGAUGUUCUGAUUCAGGUGCUUGACAUCUUAAAAAACUGUGCAUUAUACUCAGAGGUGGAGUCUGACUUUCAUGCCAAAGUUCCUGUUGUCUUUUGCAAAGAUGUGAAGAGUGGUUUAAUCUGUAAGGUGAGCGCUGGAAAUGAUGUGGCAUGCCUCACAACUGACUUACUUGCUGCCCUUGGCAAGCUAGAGCCUGUCCUAACUCCACUUGUGUUAGCUUUUCGCUACUGGGCUAGGUUGUGCCACAUCGACUGCCAGGCUGAAGGGGGGAUUCCUUCAUACUCUUUUGCUUUAAUGGUGAUGUUUUUUCUUCAACAAAGAAAACCCCCUCUUCUUCCUUCCUAUUUAGGGAGUUGGAUUGAAGGCUUUGACUCCAAACGAGUCGAUGAGCACCAGCUGAAGGGCAUUGAAGAUGAGAAGUUUGUGAAGUGGGAAUACAGACCUUUGCCCAGUGGGCCUGGGAAGAACUCGGGCACCUCUGAAAAUAAAGCCAAAGCUGAUCAGAGAAGUGGCACUAAGAAGGCAACCAGCUCAGAAACGGACCCUCAGAGUGGUGCUGCCAAGGAGAGACAUGGCAAGUCUCCUUUAGCGUUGGAAAUACCAAAUCAGGUGUCCCUGGGACAAUUAUGGUUAGAGCUGUUAAAGUUUUACACACUGGAAUUUGCUUUGGAGGAAUAUGUCAUAAGCGUACGGGUACAAGAACUCUUAACACGAGAGAACAAAAACUGGCCUAAAAGGCGAAUAGCCAUUGAAGACCCUUUUGCACUCAAGAGGAAUGUUGCACGGAGUUUGAAUAGCCAGAUGGUGUUUGAAUAUAUCCUGGAGAGGUUCAGGACAGCCUAUAAAUAUUUUGCUUGUCCUCAGAGUAAAGACGGGAAUAAGUCUAAGGUGGAUUCCAGGAAGAAGGAGAGGGGAAAAAUGAGCAACAAGAGACCUGCUAAAUCUGGAGAUGUGGGCACCAGUUGUGGCCCUCUCCAGGGGGAAAAUGUAGAGAAGACCAACCCAGGAAGUAGGAGUGGAGCUCACAUUUGUCAGUCUGAUGACUGUAAUGAAACAGAGUGUACAUCCCAGAGAUAUAGGAAGGAUGUAGGCCAUUUGGUAAAGAAGCUGGAUGCCCCUGACUCCAGUCCUGGUGAGAAGGAUGGCUGUGAAUCAGAGCCCAAACCUCUUGAAGAGCAACACGAUUUAGAGCCGUCAGAAACUUGUUCGAAAGAUGAGCUCGGCCACCAGUGUAACUGCCAUGAACACGGGUCACCUGACCCAGACGCCAUUAAUGAACUUGAGGGGACCCCCUGCAGGCCAGAUUUGGAAACAAAGUGUUCGCCGACGAUUCCAUGCACUGACAUUGACACAUCAGCUACCUCUCCCCACUGCCAAGGUCUGGCAGAAGCUUCUGACCUUCAAGAAGAAGAUCAGCUCUGCCCUCCAGAAAUGCAUUAUGUGUUUGAUAAAUUUAUUUUGACUUCUGGCAAGCCUCCGACUAUAGUAUGUAGCAUCUGCAAGCGAGAUGGUCACUCCAAGAAUGACUGUCCAGAUGAUUUCAAGAAAAUUGAUCUCAAACCGCUGCCACCAAUGACAUACCGAUUUCGGGAUAUACUUGAUCUAGUUUGUAAAAAAUGCUUUGAUGAAUUAUCACCUCCAUUUUCUGAACAACAAAGCAGGGAGCAAAUUUUAGCCAGUUUGGAAAGGUUUAUUCAAAAAGAAUAUAAUGAAAAGGCCAGACUUUGCUUAUUUGGAUCUUCAAAGAAUGGGUUUGGAUUCCGGGACAGCGAUCUUGAUAUCUGCAUGACGCUCGAUGGCCACGAAAAUGCCGAGAAAUUGAAUUGUAAGGAAAUAAUUGAAGGUUUGGCAAAAAUUCUUAAGCGACAUCCAGGUUUAAAAAACAUCUUGCCUAUAACUACUGCCAAAGUGCCUAUAGUAAAAUUUGAACACAGGCGGAGUGGAUUAGAAGGAGACAUCAGCUUAUACAAUACCUUGGCUCAGCAUAAUACGAGAAUGCUGGCUACAUAUGCGGCCAUCGAUCCUCGGGUGCAGUACUUGGGCUAUACCAUGAAAGUGUUUGCCAAGCGUUGUGACAUUGGCGAUGCGUCCAGAGGAAGUUUAUCUUCAUACGCUUAUAUCCUCAUGGUGCUGUACUUCCUGCAACAGAGAGAUCCCCCUGUGAUCCCGGUCCUGCAGGAGAUAUUCGAUGGAAAACAAAUUCCCCAGCGAAUGGUGGAUGGAUGGAAUGCCUUUUUCUUUGAUGACAUGGAGGAGCUGAAAAAACGUUUGCCCUCCCUGGGCCAAAACACAGAGACACUGGGGGAGCUGUGGCUGGGGCUGCUCCGCUUUUACACUGAAGAAUUUGAUUUCAAGGAAUAUGUUAUCAGCAUUCGGCAGAAAAAGCUGCUGACGACUUUUGAGAAACAGUGGACAUCCAAAUGCAUUGCGAUUGAAGAUCCCUUUGACUUGAAUCAUAACCUUGGUGCUGGAGUCUCUAGAAAAAUGACCAAUUUCAUCAUGAAGGCAUUUAUCAAUGGAAGGAAGCUUUUUGGCACCCCUUUUUAUCCUCUUGUUGGAAGAGAAGCGGAGUACUUCUUUGAUUCUAAAGCCCUGACGGAUGGAGAGUUGGCUCCCAAUGACCGGUGCUGCCGUGUGUGUGGGAAGAUUGGACACUACAUGAAGGACUGUCCUAAAAGGAGGAGCGCUUUACUGUUUAGGCUGAAAAAGAAAGAAAACGAAAAAGAAGAUGAGAAAGAAAUGAAGGAUGAAGACAGAGAGCUUCGAGAGAAAAGAUGUUUUAUCUGUGGAGAUGUGGGACACGUCCGAAGAGAAUGUCCUGAAUACAAACAAGCACGGCAGAGGAACAAUGGCCUGGCAGGUGCCCAGCUGGUACGCACCCUUGUCAGUGCCCAGGCAGUGGCUGCCUCAGUCCAGCAGCAAGUCGACCGACCCUUGCGGACCAGGCAGUCCUCUGAAUGCUCUGAUUCACAGCCGUCAUCUUACUCUCCACAGCCCCCGCCAUUCCCCCAGAACUCUUCUCAACCAGCUCCUCUUGCCCAGACCACGCCACAGCCCAUAGCCCAGCCCAAGCAUGGCCCACCACAGGCGGCCCAGCCUCCCCACCAGGUCCAACUGCCUUUGUUUAACUUUCCCCAGUCACCCCCAGGUCAGUACUCGGCCCUGCACAACUUGGGACUGCUGCAGGUGCACCCCCCCCACCCCAUCCCUCUCCCAGGCGCCACCUGGCCCAUCCACGGCCCCGUGAUCCACUCGGCACCGGGGAACCCCACCCACCCUAGCACUGUGAGCCUGAACGACCCCAGCAUCAUCUUUGCACAGCCUGCUGCCAGGCCACCCCUGGGCAUUCCCACUUCUCAUGAGGGACACUGGCACGGCCCCGUGGCAGCAAACUCACUGGUGAACAAUGGUGCCGUGGGGAACUCAGAUCAGGGCUUUCAAGGACAAUUUGCAAAACUGACCCCUCCGAUUCCUUGGGAUCACGGGGCCCCCGCCCAUUUCCCUAUCCUCCAAGCGUCGUGGCCUUACGGCGGCGUGCCUCAGAACUUCCUCCAGCAGGGGAACGCCAGCUUUCAGCCGAACAAAGCUUUCUACCCUCCAGCUGGCCCGCUGAUGCCAAGCAACCCGAGAUUCCCUCUGCUGUCUCAAGGGCACCCGUCCCUCAGCUUGAACUACAUCCAGCAGAAGAAAUGACAUUUCAUGGAAAUCAAAGCAAAUCAGGUCCUGGAUUUAACAUUUUAACACAACUCGUUUAGAUACAGAUUAUUUAAAUUUAAGACUGUUUUUAAAGUGUAUCAUUUGUAUAUAGAUACAAGCUAUAGUUUUUACUAGUAUCACCGAAAUGAGUGAUACAAAUUUCAUCUAUUUUAUUACCCUAUUUUUAAGGGACUUUUGUGUUUUGUUUUACCUUGAUGAACUGUAAAAAGAGAGAAUUUAAAAAAAAAUUAAGUUCUUUAUUUUCUAUUAGCUGUAUUCAUACUUUGGUUGCUUCAGACUUUAUAUAUAUUGUUCUUAAAAAUAAGAAUUAGGAAGGGUUUCAUGUGUUUUAAAAUUUGUCACUUCUAUUCUUUACAGAACUAUGUAGUGCCAAAAACUUUUUAAAAGGAAAAAAAAUAAAACAAAAUUGCAACAACAGGAGUCCAGGUUUUUUUUUCUUCUCGAUAGUUCUCAAUUGAAACUUCCAAGGGAGGAUGUUGGAAUGGUCCUUAGUUUGCUGGAUCUGGAGAAAUUCCAUUUUGAUCCUCUUCCUUCUUGAGCCUCACUAAUUCGGGUUAGGCUCACUGCUGAGGUCAUGGAAGGAGAGCUCAACCCUUUGCUUUAUAUGUAUAUGUAUAUGUAUGGAUGAAUUUCAUUCAUAAUUCAUAAUCCACAGUGAGGUCCCUGGC